AUGGGAGAAGAAAAAGUUGCCCCUGUCCCGGAGUAUACCGCUGGUGACUUCAACUCUACCACCAAACUAGCUGAGUCGCAAAUCAUCAGUGAGGAUGCCGAAUACAACCCCUUCGAACACAGGCAGAUCGAGAAACCGAACUCUACGACCGGUUCAUUGAUCCACCUGUUGAAGAGUUCGCUAGGAACGGGCAUUCUAGCGAUGCCGGUGGCGUUCAAAAACGCUGGUCUACUAUUUGGUGCCAUCGGAACCGUCAUUGUCGGGUUGAUCUGUACACACUGCGUGCACAUACUGGUGAAAACGUCCCACAUGGUUUGCAAAAGGACAAGGAUACCGGUGCUGGGGUUCUCCGAAACCGCCGAACGUGUCUUCCAGUACGGACCGCCAAAAUUACGACCUCUAGCCGGUUUCUCAAAAGCUUUCGUCGACUACGCGCUCAUGGCCACGUACUUCAGUGCUGGCUGUGUGUACAUCGUCUUCAUUGCGACGUCCUUCCACGACGUGAUCAACCACGAGACGGGCAAUGAUUGGAGUGUGCGUAUCUACAUCCUGCUGACGAUGAUACCGGUUCUGCUGAUUGGCCAGAUUCGGGAGCUUAAGUAUCUGGUACCGUUUUCGGCCCUUGCUAACCUGUUCAUCGUGGUGACGUUCGGCAUCACGCUGUACUACAUCUUCAAGGAUUCGCUGGAGUUCGACGACAAACCGAUGUUCUCGUCGUUCGGCUCGCUGCCAUUGUUCUUCAGUACCGUCAUCUUUGCUAUGGAGGGUAUUGGCGUAGUUAUGCCGGUGGAGAACUCGAUGUCCAAACCGCAGCACUUCCUUGGAUGCCCGGGUGUCCUGAACACAGCCAUGGGAACUGUGAUCGUGCUGUACGCUGUAAUUGGAUUUUUCGGUUACGUACGCUUCGGUGACGCUGCCAAGGGUAGCGUUACUCUCAAUCUGCCACUAGAAGAUGCAUUGGCUGUUACUGCUCAAAUCCUCAUCGCACUGGCCAUCCUGUUCACGUUCGGACUGCAGUUCUACGUACCGAUGGACAUUUUGUGGCGCAAAAUCCAGGACAAAAUACCAAAGAACAAGCACAUGAUCUCUCAGAUCGCACUGCGCUCAGGCAUCAUGAUCCUUAUGGGUGGCGUUGGGCUGGCUGUACCCGAGCUUGAACCAUUCAUUGGCCUCGUUGGUGCCGUCUUCUUCUCCAGCCUCGGCCUAUUCGUGCCGUGUGUCGUUGAGACCGUAUUCCUAUGGCCAAACGAACUCGGCAAGUUCCGCUGGGUGUUAAUCAAGAACGUUAUUGUUGGAGCAUUUUCCAUUUUUGCGCUCGUGGCGGGAGCCUACGUCAGCAUCAAGGACAUCGUGGAAUUGUACACCGAUGACGAUGAGCAUACCGAAUAG